GCCUACACCACCACGCAGGUGUACCAUGAGCGGGUCAACACCCAUGUAGCUGAGAGCCACUUUGACUACACGGCCCACGGCGUGCGUGACGUCUCCAAGGAGCUGCUGGGCCUGGCUGAGCAUCCGGCCACGCGCCUGCGCUUCACCAAGUGCUUCAGCUUUGCCAGCGCUCGGGCCGAGGCUGCCUACCUGGCGCAGCGGGCACGCUUCUUCGGCCAGAACGAGGGGCUGGACGACUACCUGGAGGCACGAGAGGGCAUGCGGCUCCAGGAUGUCAACUUCCAGGAGCAGCUGAUGGUCUUCCCUGAGCCAGGGCGCCCUCCCUGGUUCGCCCGGCGCUGGGCCUUCUGGGCAGCCUCACUGGCGCUUCUGUCCUGGCCGCUACGGGUGCUAGCCGGGUAUCGCACAGCCAACGUGCACUACCACGUGGAGAAGCUCUUUGGUACUGAGGAUGGGCCCGGCUCCCAGGAGCCCUCUGGCUACGGGCGCCCCAUCCCACGUGUGGCCACGGUGGACAUGACAGAGCUGGAGUGGCACAUCUGCUCCAACCGCCAGCUGGUGCCCAGCUACUCAGAGGCGGUGCUGAUGGAUGCUGCCAUGGCAGGCGGUGCCUACCUGCGGGGCUGGCAGCGCUGCCGUCGUACGCUGAGCAGCAACUCGCUCCCCUCUUGCAGCACCCGGGCCCUCUAUGCCCGCCUGCCCUUCAGCCGAAGCCGCUUCUCGCUGGGCCGGAGCAUCUUCCGCAGCCUGAGUGGGGGCGGGACAGAGAGGCAGCCCCUGGGGAAUCCACCCUGCUACCACGACGCCCUCUACUUUCCGGUGAUCAUCAUGCGCAGUGGGGAGACGUGUCCCCCACAGGGCACCCCGGGCACAGCGGCUGGGACGCCUCUCUGAACUCAGAGCACAGCCAGGAGCAUGGAUGGAUGCCCAGAGACAGGAAAAAAACAACUAAGUUACCCCUGGGGAACAAUUGAGCCUCCUUCCCCUACCCUGGGGACCCCAGUGCUUGUGGCACACAGGCCCUGGCUGAGUUAGAACAAGGGGAGCCACUUCACAGCAAAACCAGUGUGUGCUCUCGGCUCCCCAGGUGUAGAUCCAGUCACCCACUGAGGGCUACGGGGUCAGGGCUGGAUUCUGAUCUCAGCUCCUGUGGGUGGAAUUGGAUUCCAGAGGUUAGACUGAGCCCAGGCCUGGGAUAGGGACAUUGACAGACCUGUGCAAAGGGGGAGCCUAGGGCAGGGGGCAGCCUUCCCCAGGUGUGCCAGAUGAGCAGGGGGGGAUGGGACUUCCCUUGGAGGUGACUGGGGCUGCCCUAAAUCCCUGAUAGUUGGAGGACCUUGAUGCUGUGGGUUCUGUGCCUCACCCCUCCCUCCCCAGGGCUGGGACCCCCAUGGCAGAGUGAGGCUGGGGGAUAGUUUAAUUUCCUCUCAAACCUCCCCCCAAAGUAUCUAUUCUGCCCUGGCACCCCUCUCUCCCUGAGGCUGUGCCAAGGGGUUGGUGGUUAAAUGGUGCAUGCCCGGGCAGGCCUGGCUGGAGUG